AUGCUGGAUCCCGCCUGCUCACCAUUCGCAUUGAGCUUGAGAAAACAAAGCUCACAAUAUCGCUGGACGAUCGGCGAAUAUCUGAAUUGGGACAUUGAACACCUCCGUCACAUGGUCGGCGUGCUGUCAAUGAAACAGCUCAACAUGCUGAAAGAUUAUGCGGAGGUGUAUGACACAUUCCUCAGUUUGCCGGUUUCGCCAUCCGGGCCAUGGACUAAGGGCCGCCGCGUCCGGGAGUAUCGCCAUGCUUGGUGGACGGACCUUGCGACCAUCAAGCUGGAUCGAAGGUUCUUGACAACCUAUCCGGACGGCCAUGAGGUGAAGGAAUGUGUCACAGCACAUUUUGUGCAAAUGUUUGAGGGAGACGCCUUAGUCACACCGGCGACACUGGUUCAAGCAAUGUCAACACCAAUUGCUCAACAGCUAGCCACCAUCCGCGCUGAGGCUAGGGAAGAAGGUGAAUAUCUUUUAAAGAUGUUGGAAGACAAGGUUCUAGAGGCGAAGAUGGUGGCAGCCACUAUGCUGAGAUUGGACACGGCAUUAGGGGAUGAUGUACUGCAAGCCAUCACGGCGUCCGACAAACUAGUGAAGUAUUUGAAAAGAGAGGUGACAGGAAUAAACAGCCGGUUUGAGUAG